UCGCCUCCUGUAAACACGAGGUCGCACAGAGCUUCAGUCAGUUCCUCUCUGUCAGGCUGGGAAACCGCUUCUGCGGCACCAGAGGCAUGCUUUCAGAAAUGUCACCUCUCCUGUGCGUGUGUUGUCUGCUCUUGGCAACCCAGAGCUCGGCUUUUAAUCUGGAGACAACCAACACGAUCACGAAGGAGGGAGAAAAAGGCAGUUUGUUUGGAUUUUCCGUGGCCUUACACAAGCAGACGAGCCCGGACGCACAGAGCUGGAUUCUGGUGGGGGCACCUCAGGCCCGUGCCCAGUCACAGCAGCUCGCCAAUCGCACUGGAGGACUCUUUGCGUGCCCAAUAAUAACGGAAGACGAUGAGUGUGAUCAAGUCGAAAUUGAUAAUGAUGUUGAUCUGAGGAGGGAGAGUAAAGAGAACCAAUGGUUGGGUGUGACGGUCAAAAGCCAAGGAAUUGGAGGGAAAGUUGUGACAUGUGCCCAUCGCUACGAGGUGAGGCAGCGUGUGAAUCAGCCAGCAGAAACCCGUGACAUGAUUGGGCGCUGCUACGUGCUGAGCCAGGACUUGCAAAUCCGAGACGAGCUGGACGGUGGCGACUGGAAGUUCUGUGAAGGCCGCACGCAGGGUCACCAACGCUUCGGGUACUGCCAACAGGGCAUCGCGGCAGGUUUCACACCAGACGAGCAGUACAUUUUAUUUGGUGCCCCAGGCACAUACAAUUGGAAAGGUAAUGUUCGGACAGAACUGUUGAGUCAUUCUUUGGUUCACUUGGGCAUCUAUGACGACGGUCCAUAUGAAGCGGGUGAUGAAAGAAAGCAGGACGCUAAUCUGAUUCCUGUACCUGCCAAUAGUUACUUAGGAUUUUCAGUAGACUCAGCGAAAGGCCUCACUCAGCAAGACGAGCUGAGUGUGGUCUCUGGGGCACCCAGAGCCAACCACACUGGCGCUGUGGUGAUCCUGAAGAAAGAGGGCGUCAACAGACUGGCACCAGAGCACAUUCUGUGGGGCGAGGAGCUGGGAUCAUCAUACGGCUACGCAGUUGCCACGGUUGACCUCAACAGCGAUGGGUGGAUGGAUCUUGUGGUUGGCGCUCCCUACUUCUUUGACCGAAAGGAAGAGAUUGGCGGUGCUGUCUAUAUCUACAUUAACCAGGCCGGCAAGUGGGGUAGCGUGAAGAGUCUCCGGCUGAAUGGGACCAAAGAUUCCUUGUUUGGGCUGGCUGUGGCUAACAUUGGGGACAUCAAUCAAGAUGGAUUUGAAGGGACACUCUCCGAUUUUGGAUAUGUUUCCCUGACAGGGACAUUGUCUGAUUUUGUGUGUAUUCCCACGGUAGUGACACUCUCCGAUUUUGGGUAUAUUCCCGUGGAAUGGGCAUUCUCCGAUUUUGGGUAUAUUCCCACGGAAUGGGCAUUCUCCGAUUUUGGGUAUAUUCCUGCAGCCAGGACAGACUCCGAUUUUGGGUGCAUUCCCGUUGCAGGUUCGCUCUCCGAUUUUGGUUAUAUUCCUGUGGCAGGGGCACUCUCCGAUUUUUGA